AUGGCCGCCGGCGAAUUCGAGCCAACAACCGUGAACCGGGCCAGAAUCCGUAUGACGCAGGCCACAACCGUUGCGGUGGCCUCGAAGACGUCGACGACGACGGGGAUCGUGAUUGAUCGUAAAGUGGAAAAACGUAAAACCGCCCGUGUGGGUACCAGUGCGAUGAGGAACACUGCCGACGGGUUGCGAGCUGGGGGUCAACUGAUGAGCGAGAACGAACGAUUGCAGGUUCAUCUCCAGCAUCGCCAUCGCCAUCAGCAGCAUCAGCAACAUCUUCACCUCAACCACCGACAUCACCAGCGACAGUGGACGAUUCUGUCCGCUGCUGUGGUUUUGCUGUUGCUACCCAGUUUCUGCGAUCAAAGCUUCGCCAAAGCAUCGACGAUUCACCGACACACGACCGAUGAUAACGAUGCGUCGUCGCUAGUCAAGGAUCAGCCGGCGAAUGGGAAGCAUUCCAGCGGCAGCGAGAACUUUCCACCGGCAACGACCUCCAACGGUGGGGCCCUGGCGCCGGCCUCCCUGCAGGCGGCAUCACCCCAAACGAUGACACUGACGGCGGAUAAAAAUAAAACCAAAUUACUAAAAUGUCACUGCGACAUUUGCAAGGACGAAAAUUACGUGUGCGAAACGGACGGCGUGUGCUUCACCUCGCUCACGCGCGAAUCGGACGGAGCGCUCAAGUACUCAUACAGGUGCUUAGAUCUGAAGGACCAUCUUGGUCCGUUCACCUGGAACUGGUGCCGUAACAAGACGGACGGCACGCCAAACGACCACUACUGUUGCUAUGGACCCGACUUGUGUAACUUGUAUCUCAAACCCGCGAGACCCAUAGUGGAAGCACCGGAGGCUGAAAAAUGGCCGCUGAUUGAAAUGUCGAUGAUCGCGCUGUUCGUCUUCAUGACGAUUGUAGUCGUAACGGCGAUUUACUUCUUCUUCGGGCGGCGCAAACGGAACAGCGGUGCUCGCCAGAUCUUACCGGAGGAUUCGGUUUGCGGUGCUAGCUACCCGAUCCUUAACGGGCACGCCACCAUACAGGAUUUCAUCGAGAUGACCACAUCCGGAUCGGGCUCAGCUGGACUUCCACUUCUGGUACAGCGCUCGAUCGCCCGCCAGAUACAGCUGGUCGAGGUGAUUGGUAAGGGACGCUUCGGUGAGGUGUGGGGUGGCAGAUGGCGCGGAGAGAACGUUGCCGUAAAGAUCUUCUCAAGCCGCGAAGAGUGCUCCUGGUUCCGGGAGGCUGAAAUCUACCAGACCAUAAUGCUGCGUCACGAGAACAUUCUCGGUUUCAUCGCUGCAGACAACAAAGACAAUGGUACAUGGACACAGUUGUGGCUGGUGACAGACUACCACGAGAAGGGCUCACUAUUCGACUUUCUCACGGCACGUUGCGUCGAUCCGGAAACGAUGCUUGAGAUGGCGUACUCGAUCGCGACGGGGCUGGCGCAUCUGCACAUGGACAUCGUCGGAACGCGUGGCAAACCUGCGAUUGCGCAUCGUGAUUUGAAAUCGAAAAACAUUUUGGUAAAAUCGAACCUCACCUGCUGUAUCGGUGAUCUUGGGCUGGCGGUGCGGCACAUCGUCGCAACCGAUACGGUGGACAUCCCGUCGACUCAUCGCGUCGGUACCAAGCGCUAUAUGGCCCCGGAGGUGCUGGACGAAACGAUCAACGUGUACCAGUUCGAUUCGUUCAAACGAGCGGACGUGUACGCGCUCGGACUCGUCCUGUGGGAAAUCGCGCGACGGUGUAACGUCGACGGGAUCUACGACGAGUACCAGCUGCCUUUCUACGACGUCGUGCAGCCAGAUCCUACCAUCGAGGAGAUGCGAAAGGUAGUCUGCGUGGAUCAGCAACGACCUAGCAUACCCAGCCGGUGGGUAGCCUGCGAAACGCUGCAUGUGAUCUCGAAGGUGAUGAAGGAGUGCUGGUAUCAGCAUUCGGCGGCGCGCUUGUCAGCCCUCAGGAUCAAGAAAACGUUGGCGAAUUUGCGCUAA